AUGGCUCACGAGAAGAAGCAAGAUUUGGACCUUGAGCCUAAGCCCAACGAGAACUUUGUCGAGAUGUCGACUGAAGAUGAGAAGGGUGGCGUGUUGCAGCUGGGAGCCGAUUACUCUGGUGCUGUGGCGAAGACGAGCGCAGAAGAAAUUGCCCUUGUCAGAAAGCUUGACUUUAGAAUCAUGCCGACACUUUGGUGCAUGUACUUUCUGAACUACCUCGACAGGAACGCAAUCGCCCAGGCCCGUCUGGAUGGUCUCGAAAAGGAUUUAGGUCUCCAGGGCUCACAGUACAACACCUGCAUCUCAAUCCUCUUCGUCGGCUACCUCCUUAUGCAAAUCCCCUCCAACAUGCUCAUGUCCUCGAAACACGUCCGGCCAUCCAUCUACAUGGCAAUCUGCAUGAUGGCAUGGGCUCUCGUUUCGGGCUGCACCGCCCUCGCCAAGAACUACACCCACCUUGUCAUCGUCCGCUUCUUCCUCGGCGUGACCGAAGCCCCCUUCUACCCAGGCGCCAUCUACAUGCUCUCCAUCUUCUACACCCGUAAAGAAAUCGCCACCCGUCUGUCUAUCCUUUACUCGGGAAACAUCUUUGCCACGUCCUUCUCGGGCCUCAUCGCCGCCGCCGUCUUCAACACUAUCGACGGCAACCACGGGUUGAAGGGAUGGCAGUGGCUGUUCAUCAUCGAGGCGUGCUUGACCUUUGGCGUCGCCGUCAUUGGCAUGUUUACACUCGCUGACAGCCCUCUUACGACUCGCUGGCUGAAGCCCGAGGAGCGCCAACUCGCUCAUGAUCGUAUGCUCAGGGAUACCGUCGGCGUUGAAGAGAGCAAGGGUGCCAAGGCAGGCUUCAUGCAAGCCAUUCGCGACCCUCGUCUCUGGCUCCUCUGCUUCAUCCAAAACAUGCAUCUCUCUGCAUGCGGCUUCAACAACUUCUUCCCAACCGUCGUCGGCUCCCUCGGCUUCAACGACACCAUCACCCUCGUCCUCACCUGCCCGCCGUACCUCAUCUCCGGCAUCUUUGGCUACCUCGUUGGCAUCUCCUCUGGUAAAUACAACGAGCGUACCUGGCACAUCACCGCGUGUAUGGGCAUAGCCAUUGUCGGGUUCGUCAUCUCGUGCGCGACUCUCAACACGGCGGCGCGGUACAUUUCCUGCUUCCUUUUCGCGUCUGGAGCGUAUGCUGUCAACUCGUGCAUCCUGGGCUGGGUUUCGGCAACGCUGGGAUCUACGCAGGAGAAGAAGGCUGUCAGUCAGUCUAUUGUGAAUGUGAUUGCCAAUGCGUCGUACAUUUACACUGCUUACCUGUACCCCAAGAGCGAUGGACCUCGGUACCUUACAGCCAUGUCGAGCAAUGCGGCUUUUGCAUUUGCUUGUAUUGCUGGUACGUGGGCGUUGCGGUUCUGGUUGGUCUCUACGAACAAGAAGAUGGGCGCGAGCGGUACCAAGUAUGCCUACUGA